UAAAUGGACAUUCAUUGUAUGUCUUCAAUGAUGAACAGCCGCACACUGUUCAAGUUCCAUACGAAUUGACAUUAAACGAAGAAGACUUAAUUUAUCCUUCAAAUGCAGAAAGGUGGAGUAUACAACCACCUUUGGUGAGAAUUUACUUCAAACAAUUGGAGCAAGAAGCCCUAAAAAAACAUUCAGAAAUGUAUCCCAACUAUAAAUAUAGGCCGAAUAAAAAAAAACAAGAUCUCAACGUCUUAGAAGAAAGCUUGACUUUUGUGACUUCGCAGUCACAAAUUCCCACCCAAUCUUCAGAAUAG